UUUCAUUCAGGACUUCUCUCAGUAACGCCGAGACACGUUGACGCGGCAAUUUGACGCUCGCUUUUGAUACAUGUGCGAUAAGUGAGUUUCUUCUCGUUCGCGCACGUUCACCUGCGGUUUUACGCAUGUUUUUUUUUUUUUUUUUUUUUUUCGUUUCUGAGCACCGAGGGCUGUGAAUUACGCAACGAAUUAUUCAGCCGGACGAAAUGUCGUCGCGGAAACGAUGACAGGUUUCGCUCUGAUAUCUGAUCUUCUAAGUUCGAAACUGGUCUUAUUUGGGCGCGUGUAGAACCCGCCUCGAGUCACUGUUCCGUGACCAGGGAAAAUUGAUGAAAAGGCAGCCGCGCACGACACGCGCCUCAUAUAGUAACUGGGCAAACGUGUAUUUACUUCAUUACAUUGUAUACAGCUGAGUUUCCGCGAAUCUCGCAUCGAUACAAGGUGAAUCGUAGAAGCGCGGAGAAACUUUGUAGUUAAAUCAAGAAAGUAGAAUAAUAUUUUCUUUUCAUUUGCAUUUUUAAUUUUAACUCAAUUUUUGCAAAUCGAAGAGAGAUCUGCGUGUGUUAAGUUUCGAUCGUUCAUUUUCUCGUCAAAAUAAACAAACGGAACUACUACGAGAACGCGCGACAAAUGUCGGAAAUAAUUCUGUUGAUCUCGUGAAAUGACUUGUCGAAGCGACUGUGAGUUUGUUUCUUCGUUUUUCUUCUUCUUCGCGGAAUCCGUAAUCAUCAAAAGUGUCUCAAUAUGGACGAGAACAUCAGCUGCAUGGAGGAGGAGUGUCUAAUCGAGAGAAGAAGAACCGCCAUCCUGAAGGAGUGCAAAGAGCUAUUGCGGGAGGAGGGAUCCGGGCGUUACGGCAAGGACGCCUUUAGAAGAUUCUUUCAAAAUCAAGUGAUCCUUGGAAAACUGUUUAUCCUUUUCGAUCAAGAUCGCGACGAGUUGCUGAAGCAGGAGGAAUGGAUCGAAUUCAUGAGGGGAAGGUUGAUAAACGAGAAGCAAAAGGAUUUUAUCGAUCAGAUAGAAAGCGUGGCGUACGUGCUGUGCGGCGAGAAUCCAGUGAGCUUCUCCAGUUUCCAGCAGAUUUUCUACACCAAAGGAAUCGUCGACAAGUUGUUCCGAUUGAUCGAUCAAGAAAAUUCGGGAUACAUCACAUCCGCCCAGAUCAUGGAGUUCAUAUCGAGCGUGAGUAGCACCAGGCCACCAGCGGGCUUUGAUAAAAAAAAUCUCGAGUGGCUGGAAAAGAUAUUCAAACAGACCGUUGGAAACGAGAGGGAGAUACGGCGCGAAGAAUUCAAGAAGAUCGUUAUCUCGAAGAACCCGUUCUUCACCGAAAGGGUCUUCCAAAUAUUCGACAGAGAUAAUUCCGGCACGAUAUCCCUUCAAGAAUUUCUCGACGCCAUGAACGAAUUUGCCGGGAAAUCGUCGGACGAUAAGAUUAGAUUCCUCUUCAAAGUUUAUGACAUCGACGGUGACGGACUGAUACAACUUCGCGAGUUGGAACACGUGAUGAGAGCUUGCAUGGAAGAAAAUGGGAUGAAGUUCAGCGACGAGCAGAUUGAGGACCUGACGAUCGCGCUCUUCGAGGAUGCCGAUCAGGGCAAUAGAGGAGCGAUCACCUUCGAGGCCUUGAAAAGGCAGUUGGAGAAACACGAGGGUCUGUUGGAAAAUCUCUCGAUCAGCAUAGAUCGAUGGCUGGUACCGCCGCAACCGAAACCAAAGCAGGCCUCUACACUGGCAGCGCUCACGUCCCUUCGUCCGUAUCAACUAACGAAGCCGUACAUGAAGAACAAUUACGUUUACAUCACCUUCAUUUCGAUCUUCAUUUUAAUCAACGUCGCUCUCUUCAUAUCUCGUCUCUACGAAUAUCGACACUAUAGCGGCUACGUGAUGAUCGCUCGUGCAUGCGGCCAAUGUUUGAACUUCGACUGCACGUUCAUUUUGGUUUUGAUGCUGCGCCAGUGCAUCACGUUUUUACGAACCCACGGUUUCAACUCGGUCCUGCCCUUAGAUCAUCAUAUUUACCUUCAUAAAAUGGCUGGUGUGUUAAUCGGGGUUUUCAGCCUCAUACACACCCUGAUGCAUCUCGUUUAUUGCGGUACGGUAAUAAUAAAGGACGAAAGAAUGAACAGCGGGAAUUACACCAUGUCCGAAUGGUUGUUGACCGCUCGACCUGGAUAUUUUGGAUUGGUGGCAGGUACUGCGUAUCCAACGGGAGUGAUACUGCUCGUUAUACUCGUCAUUAUGACUGUUUGUUCAAUGCCGUUUGUACGGCGUGGGGGUUGCUUCGAGAUAUUUUACUGGUCUCAUCUGCUUUACAUACCGUUCUGGAUUCUGGCGAUCUUUCACGGCCCGAACUUCUGGAAAUGGUUCGUCGGACCCGGGAUCAUAUAUCUGGUAGAAAAGAUUCGUCGAUUGAUGUGGCUACGCUCUCAGCGUGGAAAGACGUACAUAAGUUCCGGUCUUCUGUUACCGUCGAAGGUCACGCAUCUGGUCAUCAAGAGACCGCCCCAUUUUCACUUCCAUCCGGGGGAUUACGUGUUCGUCAACAUCCCGGUGAUCGCGCGGUACGAGUGGCAUCCUUUUACCGUCAGCAGCGCUCCGGAACAAGAGGAUUACAUGUGGUUGCACAUCCGAGCAGUUGGCGAGUGGACCAACAGUUUGUAUUCGUACUUCGAGAAGGAACAGAUCAAACUUCACCGUGGCGACAUUCUACCGAUCGAGAACUGCGUUACCGUUCAGCAAAGGAAAUCAAUUCUGGGUAGAAAAACACCGCCCGUUAUCGUGACGCAGAAAGCCUCGCCGGGAUCCGUGACACACAGCGGUCUUGACAAUCCCGCGUUCACGUCCGAUCUGUCGAAGACGAUGUCUCCCGCGCACACGCCCGUUACCAAUCAAUCUGUAUUCUUGAAAACUCCGGAAAGUAUGUCGGAAAUGAAUAAAGGAUGGACGGACGUGACGGCGAAACGAGACAGGAGACUGAACCAGUUGCUCCUCGGCAGCAAAAUGCCGCUCGAAAAGUCGCACUCGAUGCCCGACAUGCAGACAAAAACCAAGAAGAAGGAACGUCUCAGGGCACUUCGCGACUACAUGAGAUCGGAAUCGGAGCGGAGUUUCGACGAGUGUCAGAUGAGACGAGCGCGAUUGAAGUCGCUGGGGUUGGCUUACUUGAGUCCGCAGAACAAGUCGCUGGCCCAGAGUUUCCGUUACAUGCGAACGAAACCGACCAUCAUCGCCUUCAAAACGCCCAGUCUGGAAACAUGCGAUUACGAAAUCGUCGCGUCGCCGAACGCUGCGUCAAACGCGAGGGGAGACGAGGCGACGACGCCGACCACGCCGAUCGGCAUGCAGAUCGCAGCGGAAGAGGGAAGAUUGGAGAAGGAGUUCGGCGAGACCGAGAGCAUAGAUUUGAAGUCCUUGGACUCUCCUCGUCCCCCUAUAAAUUAUCCCGUGGGCAAACCGUUGGAGAUUUUCCUGGACGGUCCUUACGGAGCGCCGUCAAGUCACAUCUUUCGCGCGCAACACGCUGUUUUAAUCGCCACGGGAAUCGGCGUCACACCUUUCGCCUCGAUACUCCAGUCGAUUAUGCAUCGAUACUGGAAAGCCAGACACACCUGUCCGAAGUGCUCGUUCUCUUGGGCCAGCGAGAUUCCUCCGACCGUAAUGAAUUUGCGCAAAGUGGACUUCUUUUGGAUCAAUCGGGAUCAACGUUCGUUCGAAUGGUUUGUGAAUCUGCUGUCGCAACUUGAAAUGGAACAGGCCGAAUUGGGCGUCACGAUGGAACGGUUUCUCGAGAUGCACAUGUACAUAACGAGCGCGUUGCAAAAGAACGACAUGAAAGCGGUCGGCUUGCAACUGGCGCUUGAUCUUCUGCACGAGAAGGAAAAGCGGGAUCUCAUCACAGGCUUGAAAACCAGAACGAACGCCGGUCGCCCUAAUUGGGAUAAAGUGUUCAAGCAGCUUCAGGACAAGAAGAAAGGAAAGAUUACCGUUUUCUAUUGCGGGCCGCCGCAACUCGCCAAAAUUCUUCGAUACAAAUGUGAUCAGUUCGGAUUCUGUUUCAAGAAAGAAUCCUUCUGACAUCUCAAAAAAAGAGAGUGUUACGUUUACGCAGAAUUAACAGUAGUUAGUCGUAAAUUUCUGUAUAUCAUUUUUACACACGUAUUUGUAUAAUAA